AUGGAAGCCCUUUUGCACCAAUCCAAGGGCGUCUGUCCUUUUCUGAAGAAGACGUCCCCCGCUACUCUGCGCUCGCUGUCCACCUCCACCCAUCAAUCUCCAGGCGGUGGCACCAUUACCAACCUCCAAUUCAUUGCUCGACGAUGCCCUGUCAUGAACAAGGCUCUGGCUGUCCAGAGCGCUCGUAUCAACACCCGCCGCAGUUAUGGCAAUGCAGCUGUCGGAACUGGCAUCGUCAAGUCCUUGCUGGAGAAGAAAUUGCACACCUCGGCUGAGAAGAAAGCCAGUGUCGACACCAAUGUGUUCCGACCUGCUCAGCAAGCUCCACCUCCUCAAAAUGUCCAGGCCUUCGUAAAGAAGGCAGAUGCUUAUCCAGGCCGAAAACCCAAUGCGCCGCCUACCCCUCGCUUCGACUAUGAAGGGUUCUAUAACAACGAGCUCGACAAGAAGCACAAGGACAACUCUUACCGCUAUUUCAACAACAUCAAUCGGCUCGCCAAAGAAUUUCCCCGUGCCCACAUGGCGGUCAAGGACGAGAAAGUCACUGUCUGGUGUUCUAAUGAUUACCUCGGUAUGGGCCGCAACAAACACGUUCUGAAGACCAUGCAUGAAACUCUUGACAUGUACGGAGCUGGUGCCGGAGGAACCAGAAACAUCUCCGGCCACAAUCAACAUGCCGUUGCUCUCGAAAAGACCCUAGCCGAACUACAUGGCAAAGAGGGAGCCCUCGUUUUCUCCUCCUGCUAUGUCGCCAACGACGCUACUUUGGCGACUCUGGGCAGUAAAUUGCCAGACUGUGUCAUUUUGAGUGACAGUAUGAACCAUGCCUCUAUGAUCCAGGGGAUUCGUCAUUCCGGCGCCAAGAAAAUGGUCUUUAAGCACAAUGAUUUGGCUGAUUUGGAGGCCAAACUGGCCAGUCUCCCACCGGAACAGCCAAAGAUCAUCGCGUUCGAAUCGGUCUACAGCAUGUGUGGCUCUGUUGCUCCUAUUGAGGCCAUUUGUGACCUCGCGGACAAAUACGGCGCAAUCACCUUUUUGGAUGAAGUCCAUGCCGUCGGAAUGUAUGGUCCACGAGGAGCGGGUGUCGCCGAACAUCUUGAUUAUGACGUUUACGCCAAUCCCGACAGAACCAAAGAAUUACAAAAGGGCAGUGUUAUGGAUCGUAUUGACAUCAUAACGGGCACUUUGGGCAAGGCUUACGGUUGUGUUGGCGGUUACAUUGCUGGCUCCGCCGCUUUGGUUGACACCAUCCGUUCACUUGCCCCAGGAUUUAUUUUCACCACUAGCCUCCCCCCGGCGACCAUGGCUGGUGCUCGUACUGCAAUUGAAUAUCAGGCUCGCUACCAGGGAGACCGACGACUUCAACAAUUGCAUACUCGAGCACUGAAGGAGGAUCUUACCGAACGAGGAAUUCCAGUCAUUCCCAAUCCUUCUCACAUCGUUCCCCUUCUCGUCGGUGACGCCGAGACGGCCAAACGAGCUUCCGACAUGUUGUUAACCGAUCAUGGUAUCUACGUUCAGUCGAUCAACUAUCCAACUGUCCCUCGCGGCGAAGAACGUCUUCGCAUCACACCCACCCCCGGCCAUACGGCCGAGUUGAGAGCCGAGCUGGUGGAAGCCCUCGAGGAUGUGUGGCAGCUCUUGAACAUCAAACGUGUCACAGAUUGGGAGGCUCAAGGCGGAUUUGUGGGUGUUGGCGUCAAGGACGCAAAGCCGGUCGAACCCCUCUGGACCGACGCCCAACUCAUCCAUGCUCAAGCUGUCCCUGAAUCCGUGGCUGACAAAAUCACCGAAGAGCACGUCAUGCCCGUUGCGGCUGCUGCGGCUUGA